AUGGAUUUGAACCGCCGCUUCGCAGUUGGGGUCAACCGUAUCCUUCGACUAGCUGAUCGUGCCUCUGGAGGGGCGGGUGAUAUCGCAAGCAACGAGCUUGCUUCCCACGAUCUUCCAGCAGAAAACCAAGAGCCACUGUCGAAGCAAGAGCUCCAAGCAUUUCAGGAGCUCCGAAGUGAACUGGAAGGGUACAUGACAAGCCUGAAAAAGCUCGGCAUCCGGGAUCACCAGGUACCUCAACUUGUUUGGUGGACGGCGGGGGAUCUCAUUGGCCGCUUCAUGUAUCUUCUGGUUUCAAUGGCUAUGGGAGUUCUGCCACAGCUAAUGUUCAAUGUGCCACUUAUGCUCUUGGCGAGCCGUUUUGCCAGCGUCGAGCAGCAAAAGUCGCUGAAAUCCUCCAGCGUGAAGCUGGCGGCCAGAGACGUGGUUAUGUCGUACAAAGUAAUUUACGUGUUGAUGUUCAUUCCGGUCUUGUAUGUCAUUUAUGGCAUGCUGCUUUGGGCAUUCACAGAUUGGUGCCUGACCUCCAGAAUUCUGAUUCUGCUGGGCCUCCCGUUGUUUGCGUUCUGGGGCAUGAAGGCGAGCGAGCAGGGCGUGCGAGCCUACGUGGACAUUGUGCCAUUGUUCAGGCGUCUCGUGUUACCAGAAGAUCGCAAGGAGCAGGAUCUACUGCCUGCGCGGCGUGCGCAGCUGCAGCGGCAUGUUCACAAACUCGUUGGAACCUUUGGCCCACGACUAGGUGAUCUGUACUAUGAGAAGGAUGUGGAUUGGACGAAGCACAUGAGUGCCUUUGCGAAAGAUGAUACAGGCAGCCGCAGUCCAAGAAGAAAGCCAUCUGACCAGAACCAGUUGAAGGCCGGAGAAGACUUCGGAUCUCUUAGGGUUUCGCUUCAAAGCUGUCCAUGGCAUCUUCGGCAACUUUUCGCUAGAUUAUCGCCGGCAGAAUACGGAGCUUUACUCAAACUGAUGGAAGCAGCCUUCCGCAGAAUCAAUUUCCGGGUGUUUAGAGUAGCAGAGUCGGUUCCGGAUGGGUUUAGAAGCUAG